CGAUUCAAUACAGUAUACUUGAAGUUUCAGUACUGUGCUGACAAUGUGGUCGGUAAUGUUGUGUAUUAGCUACGUAUUGUAAUUUAACAUAUAUAAUUAUGUUUAUACUUCAAAUUUAUAAUACAUAAUUAAGUGACUUAAAAAAAAACAAAAACAAAAAAAUGAAACAAUUUUGAAUUUUUAAAUUAUAAUAAAUUAAUUUAAAAAUUCUUUAUAUUCCAAAUAUUAUUGAAUAUAUUUUACAAUGGGAGUAAAAAAUUUUAAUAUUAUUUUUGAAAAUCCUGUGAAAACUUAUUAUCCUGCAGAAAUUGUCAGGGGUCAUAUUUCUCUAACUCUCGAUUGGCCAAAAAAAUGUAGAGGAUUAAAGAUAAAAGGAAAAGGUGAAGCAAAAACUUCUUGGAAUACAAGUGCGGGUAAAGGACAAACGCGAUAUACAGGUCACGAAGAAUAUUUUUCUAUAAAACAAUAUCUUACUGGUGGUGAAAGUGAUGAAGUGGAAUUGGCUCGUGGUAUACAUUCUUUUCCAUUUGAAUUUAUUUUACCAUCAAGAUUGCCAAGUAGUUUUGAAUCGAAAUUAGGAUACAUCAGAUAUACAUUAAAGGCCAUAAUUGAUCUACCUUGGAAAUUUGACAUUGAAACAAAAUCUCCCUUCACUGUGAUUUCUAAAUACGAUUUAAAUACCGAUUCUAAUGCUUCCCGUCCCAUUGUUGAAUCAAGAACACAUAAUUUUGGUUGUUUCUCAACUACACCACCUCUAACUGCUACACUUUCCAUGCCAGUUGGAGGAUACGUCCCAGGACAAAUAAUUCCAAUUAAUAUAAGUAUUAAUAAUCAAUCAGGCGUUACUAUUUAUCAUGUGAGAUUAAAAUUAAUAAAGAAAGUGGUUUUUAAAGUGACUAAACCACGUUCACAAAAGAGAAAAAAGAAGACGACAAUUAAAGAAAUUCAUGAAGGUAAAAUUGAAAAUAAUAAUGUCAGCUUUGAUGAAUUUAUUGAAGUGCCUUCUCUUCCGUCUUCUAAUUUAAAUCAAUGUGGUAUCAUUGAUGUUCAAUAUGCAGUAGAAUUGAAACUUUACAUUGAUAAAUUAUGCAGUCGUAAUUUGAAAUUUACAACUCAAGUUUUAAUAGGAACGGUUCCAUUGAACAAUUGUCCUUUUUUUACAUCAGUACUUUCUUCGGUAACACAAUCUUCAAUUUUACCUUCUUCUUCUGCGCCUCCGAAUUACUCAUCAGUUAUAAACUUCGAAUUACCUCCACCAACUUAUGAAGAAUCUAUUUUUGCCGCUGAAAAUCUUCAGGAUGACGAUGAUUCUCAACAUGUGAUAGGAAUUAAUGAUCAUUUUGCACCACGAUAUCCAGUUUAUAAAUUUCCCUCACAUCGUCCAUAAAAUAUAUAUAUAUAUUUUUUUUUAUGAGCCAAAAGUUCUAAACGUUCAAAUGAACAAAAUAUUUUUUUCAAUCUAUAAAUUAUUAAAAAUUAUAAUGUCAAUGUAAAAUAAAACAGUAAAUUAAACAAUUAUUAAAUUAAUAACUUCUUUUUAGAUAUUUGAAACAAUAUUUUGUAAUAAAAUUCCUACUUAAAGAAGUUGCAAAAAAAAAAAAUUUCGUUCAAAACUUUUGGCUCAUUUUUUUUUUUACCAACAUAUUUUUUAAAAAUACUGCAAUAUAGUAAAUAUCUCAGGGAUAAAAUUAAAUUUUAAUUUUUUAUCAUAAUUAUUUUAAUGAUGAAUAUAAUUAGGUUUUGCAACUA